AUGGGAGCAAUUUUCAAAAGAUUUACGCCUAGCUAUGUCAUAGUUAGCGUCUUACGUCUCUUGAUGGAGGAGCUGCUACUUGAUGUACGUAACGGCUAUUCGUGUGUUCCUGUCGCGUUGGCUGAUGGUUUGGAUAUCAAGCUGGGCACAUCCAUCACUGAAAUAUCCUACGGAGGACCAGGGGUUACGGUGAAAGCUGUGAAUCCUAGAGCACCUGGACAGACUCAGACCUACAAAGGCGACGUGGUCCUCUGUACACUGCCGUUGGGCGUCCUCAAAGUGGCCGUGGCGAGCAAUGGCCAGAAUCAGCAGAACUUUGUCCAGUUCGACCCGCCGCUGCCUGAUUGGAAGGUUGCUGCGAUAAAACGGCUGGGUUACGGCAACUUGAACAAAGUAGUUUUAUGCUUUGAACGCAUUUUCUGGGAUCCGAGCGCGAAUCUCUUUGGUCACGUUGGGACGACAACAGCGAGUCGAGGUGAAUUGUUCUUGUUCUGGAACCUUUACAGUGCCCCAGUUCUUCUGGCUCUGGUGGCUGGUGAAGCAGCUGCUGUAAUGGAGAACGUGACCGAUGACGUCAUCGUGGGUCGGUGUAUCGCUGUGCUGAAGAGCAUUUUUGGGCAUGCAGCUGUGCCUCAGCCGAAGGAAUGUGUGGUGACACGAUGGCGGGCUGAUCCAUUUGCUCGUGGCUCGUACAGUUUUGUGGCUGUCGGUUCAUCUGGGGCUGACUACGAUCUUCUAGCCGCACCUGUGCCAGACGCAUCCGGGGAAAACAGGCUUUUCUUUGCUGGUGAACACACAAUGCGAAACUACCCUGCAACGGUACAUGGCGCAUUCUUAUCUGGGCUGCGUGAAGCUGGGCGAUUGGCAGAUUUGCUGGUGCCGCUUCCACCCGUCACUAACGCUACGGUAGCUGCGGCAACAGCAAACGCUAACCACGCUUAA